AUGUCCUUCCUCGCGGGCACAUCUCUCCGAGGCUUGGGCAGCCGCUCAACGGUAGCCAGCACCAGCUCGGCGGUGCUUCGCUCCAUCUCCACAACUGCUCCCCGUGCGCUCGCCACGCCUGCCCAGGAGCAAGCCAACGUUUCCGACCAAGGAGUUAAGGGAAAGCAGCCUCAUUACAAGGAUGUCUCCAUCUACCGAUGGGUGAGUGUCAUACACGGCGCAUUCACGCGGGGCAAGGCGGGGCGGGGCGGGGCGAGGCGAGGCAGGGGCGCUGGGCAUGCAGCCAUUGCCGCAACGCUCGGCUCUCUGCAAGCUACGAGUGCUUGUAGCGUAAUUCAAGCGUCUGACAACUGACUGUUGAUGCGUCUUCAUGCACAGAAUCCCGAGGAGCCUGCAUCCAAACCACACUUGCAGACCUACAAGGUCGACUUGAACGCCUGCGGUCCCAUGGUUCUGGACUUGCUGAUCAAGAUCAAGAACGAGGUGGACCCUUCUUUGACGUUCAGACGUUCAUGCCGAGAGGGGAUCUGCGGUAGCUGCGCCAUGAACAUUGAUGGUGUCAACACGUUGGCUUGUCUCUGCCGCAUCGAAAAGGCGGGAGAGAGCAAGAUUUACCCUUUGCCACACAGUGAGUCGGCAUUGGCGUCAUGCUGUCUCUGAGAGGUGCGGCCUUCUCAAUCGCGCUUCCCUUUUCGCAACAGUGUACGUCGUCAAGGAUUUGGUACCGGACCUCACACAGUUCUACAAGCAAUACCGCAGCAUCGAGCCUUUCCUCAAGGCGCCCCUGCCUAGCAACGGCAAGGAGCAUUUGCAGUCUCCCGAAGAGCGUCGACGCCUGGAUGGACUUUACGAGUGCAUCCUCUGCGCCUGCUGCUCGACAUCCUGCCCCUCUUACUGGUGGAAUCAGGACGAGUACUUGGGUCCCGCAGUGCUCAUGCAAUCCUUCAGAUGGCUCAAUGACUCGCGCGACCAGAACAAGCAACAAAGGUUGGAAAAGCUGGAGAACAGCUUUAGUCUUUACAGGUGCCACACCAUUCUGAACUGCACAAAGACUUGCCCCAAAGGUCUCAACCCUGCCAGAGCCAUUGCAGCCAUCAAGGACGAGAUGGCUUUCGGUCCUCCCAAGCACACCGCCCAGGCUCCCGUCGUCGCCGAUGCUCAGGCUUGA